UGUACCACCCCCACCCCGCACCAACCCAAACCCUCUUCUCCGGCAGGCGGCAGCACCCUUUCAAACGUGCGUCGAGCCCGAAGGCCGAGCCAGACCCUAAACCCCCGUCGACUCGUCGCCGUCGUCGUCGCGGCGCGAGCCGCGAGAUGCCUCCGUCCAAGCCCAAGCGGCGCCGCGGCGCCUCCUCCCGCGGCCGGAAGAAGCAGAAGCGUCUGGACGCGAUCCGCGACGUCGCGCCGCCGCCACCUCCCCCGGCGCCCCUGGCCGGCGGCGGCGACUCCGACUCCGACCCCGACUCCGACGAGGAGUCCAUCCGCCGCAGCAAGCGGGUGCGCCGGGCGCCGGUCGUCCUCGACACAUCGCCGCUCCCUUCCCCACGCCGCACGAGGUCUCGCCGCGGCGGCGGCCGGGUGGGCUCGAGCGGGAGCUCGCGGAAGGGGAGCUGGGGCAGGGCGCGGCACGAGGUGGGUGCCCGAGGGAUGGAGGUAGAGGAGGAGGACAAUGACGGGAGUGUGGUGUGGCGUUCGCGUCUGAGGGAUAGGGUUAAGGGGAAAGCCAAACUGGAGGGGCGGGCAAGGAUGUGGCUCGAAGAUGAAGAGUACGGGGAGGAGGGAGAGGGGCAAGGGGAAGAGGAGGAGGAAGAAGAGGCGGAGGAGGCGGAGGAGUCGGAGGAGUCGGAGGAGGAGGAGGAAGAGGCCAGGAUGGUGGUGGUGGACGUUCGCGAGAGGGCUGAGAACGAUGAGGUGAGCAAGGAAAGUGGAUGUUUGCAGAUGCAAGGGAGGGAACUAACAGAUAGAGAGAUCAAUUUAACAAUCGAUUUGAACUUAGACGAACAUGAUGGCGUGGAGGGUGACAAUGCAAUAGAAAAGGAAGAGGGAGGAGAAGGAGAGAAUGUUGGGGAGGAAGAGGUGGCGGCAGAGCAAGAACAAGAUGGGGAAGGGCCAACAGUAGGCAGUAGAAAUGAUCUAGAAGAAGGCACGGGAGAGGAAAUGGUGGUGGAGGAAGGUUUGCAGCAGGAGGAAACAGGAGGGUUGGAAUUGCCUGUACCGAGAGGAAACAGUAGUGAUGAACUACCUUGUGGCAAGAUCAAUGAUGAGGUUAGGGCCAGCAAUUCAGGCAGAAUUGAUCAGCUUGGCAUGAACAGUGAACAGACCCCAGAAGAGAGCAACCUUCCAGCUGAGCAGCAAACGGAACUGCACCCAUCUAGUCCUGGUGAGCAAGUGGAAGAAGCCAAACAGGAUGGACAGUCAGUUCAUUUCCCAGAUGCGGUAUUGUCUGAAGAUGGUCCAAAAGAGAGGAUGCGGAAUUCCUCGGUUUUAGCUGAAAACCAGGGAGUUAAGGUGGUUAAAGAAGGGAGGAGGUGUGGGCUCUGUGGUGGAGGGACUGAUGGGAGACCACCUAAGAUUGCAUUGCAUGAUUCUGUUGACAGUGAAAAUGAAGCCUAUGAGGGGGCUUUACCUUCAGAGGAGCCCAACUAUGAUAUGUGGGAUGGAUUUGGUGACGAUCCUGGAUGGUUGGGAAGGUUGUUGGGUCCAAUUCAUGACCGCUUUGGCAUUGCACGUGUCUGGGUUCAUCAGAACUGUGCUGUUUGGAGCCCCGAGGUUUACUUUGCUGGUUUGGGCUGUCUAAGAAAUGUAAGAGCUGCACUUUGCCGUGGAAGGCUUCUCAAGUGCAGUCGAUGUGGCAGACCUGGAGCAACUAUCGGUUGUCGUGUUGAUCGUUGCCCGAAAACCUACCAUUUGCCUUGUAGUCGAACAGAAGCCUGCAUAUUUGAUCAUCGGAAGUUUCUUAUAGCCUGCAAUGAUCAUCGCCAUCUUUUCCAACCCCAAGGAGAUAAGUAUGUUGAACUACUCAGGAAAAUGAAGAUAAAAAAGAUGAAGGCAGAUAUCAGAAAAGUGUCACACGAUGCAUGGAGAAAAGACAGAGAGGCUGAGGAGAAAUGGUUAGAGAACUGUGGGGAAGAUGAAGAGUUCUUGAAACGUGAGGGCAAGAGGCUAAACAGAGAUCUUUUGCGAAUUGCACCUGUUUAUAUAGGAGGAGGCUCUGAAAACGAAAAGUCAUAUCGUGGUUGGGAAUCUGUUGCUGGGCUAAGUGAUGUUAUUCAGAGCAUGAAGGAGGUGGUGAUGCUACCUCUUCUCUACCCUGAGUUCUUUAGUUCUUUAGGUCUUACUCCUCCGAGAGGUGUUCUGCUUCAUGGUCACCCUGGUACCGGUAAAACACUUGUUGUAAGGGCACUCAUAGGGGCAUGUUCUCAAGGCAACAGAAGGAUUGCUUAUUUUGCUCGAAAAGGUGCUGAUUGUUUGGGUAAGUAUGUUGGUGAUGCCGAGAGACAGUUAAGACUUCUUUUUCAGGUAGCUGAGCGAUGUCAGCCUUCUAUCAUAUUUUUUGAUGAGAUAGAUGGUUUAGCACCUUGUAGAUCCAGACAACAAGACCAAACACACAAUUCAGUUGUGGCAACUUUGCUCUCAUUGCUUGAUGGUUUGAAAUCACGAGGCUCAGUCAUAGUGAUUGGGGCUACGAAUCGCCCUGAUGCUAUUGAUCCUGCCCUUAGGAGACCAGGAAGGUUUGAUCGUGAGAUAUACUUUCCACUACCAACCUUUGAGGAUAGAUCUGCUAUUCUGUCACUGCAUACAAAAAAUUGGCCAAGUCCUAUUUCAGGUGCAUUCCUGUCAUUUGUUGCUAGCCAAACUAUUGGAUAUGCUGGUGCUGAUUUGCAGGCAAUUUGCACACAAGCAGCUAUAAAUGCUUUAAAAAGAACCUGCCCAUUACAUCAAAUUUUACAAUCUGCCGAAAAAGGAGUUCCUCAUGGGCGAGUUCCUCUACCAACAGUUCUUGUUGAGGAAAGAGAUUGGCUAGCUGCUCUUGCAGCUGCUCCCCCACCUUGUUCACAAAGGGAAGCAGGGAUUGCUGCAAACGAUCUAGUUUCCUCACCUCUAGAUUCCUGUUUUGUACCAAGCCUUCUUAAACCAUUGGCACACCUUCUUAUUUCUAUGUAUUUGGAUGAGCGUGUAUGGUUACCUUCAUCCCUUCUUAAGGCAUCUGGCUCUAUAAAGGAAGUGGUGUUCUCAUCCAUGGAAAAGAAUACUGUAUCCCGCACUUUAUGGCCAACUUAUCUUAAUUCUUUGAUGAAGCAAAAAGAGAUAGCAGAUAGAAUUGGAACAAUCUUGUCAAGCUGUGGUCUUGUAGCUGCACAACUAAGAAAUCAUGGUUCAAUGUUGUCGAGUGAUGUUGAAACACAUGAGAAUUUUUGUGGCAGCAGAUUAGAUCCCACUGGUUUGCAUAUGAAAGGAGGGCUACCACAUAAGUUAUCAGGCUUUCGAGUUUUAGUUGCUGGAGCACCGAGAUCAGGCCAACAGCACUUAAUUCGUUGUGUUCUUCAUGGUUUUCUCGGCCAGAUUGUAAUACACAAGCUUGACCUUGCAACUAUGGUGCAGGAGGGAAAUGGUGAUAUCCUUAGCGGGCUGACACAAAUUCUUUUGAAAUCCCUAAACCUUGGAAGAUGCAUCAUCUACAUGCCUAGAAUUGAUCUGUGGGCAGUUGAUCAGGCCCAUAAUCAAAUAGAAGAUAAUAUGUUCAAUAUGGGGGCAAGCAAUUUAGCAUCAUCCACCACUGAUCACAAAAAAUGUUCAGAAGUUUGGAAUGCAUUGAUUGAGCAGAUGGAUUCAUUGUUAGCUUCUGUAUCAAUAAGUGUUCUGUCCACUAGUGACAUGAGGUUUCAAGAUCUUCCUAGUGGAGUAAGAGGUUUCUUCAGCACACAUGUUGUGGAUCAGUGCUUUGUUUCUUCGGAACACACAAUACCAAGAUUUUCCGUGAAUAUUGACAACCGCUGUGAUUGGGAUGAGAUGGUUGAUUCAUGUGCUUUGCAAUUAUCACAUGACUUGAUUCAACAUUAUGUUCAAUUUUUGCAUGAUGAAUCUCAUAAGGAUGAUAAUCAUGAACAAAAAGAAGUGUUUGCUUCCAUGAAUAUUAGCGCAGAAGGUGAAUUUUCCAGUGAGAAUGAGCGACCUUUGGAUGGAGUUGCUUCUAAGGAGAAUCCAACUCAGCAGGCUGCAGGCAGAGCUCAGCAAGAGCCUCCACCAUCCAAUGUGGAAGAUAAAGUAGAAAAUGCUCAGAAUGUCUUUGAAGACACAGUUCAAAGAAAUCCUUCUAGUAGAAUUGUAAAAGGCAGUGAGGCAUUUGCUAUUAUUGCUUUUGGAAUUCAGAUAUUGCAGCAUCCUCAGUUCUCAAAACUUUGUUGGGUUACAUCGAAGCUACAGGAAGGCCCCUGCACUGAUAUAAAUGGGCCAUGGAAAGGCUGGCCAUUUAAUUCCUGUUUAUUGCAUAGCAGUACCUUGCGGGACAAUGCUGUAAAGGGAAAGGAAAAGACUGUCUGUGUGAGAGGGUUGGUUGCUGUUGGCUUAUUGGCUUAUAGAGGUGUCUAUGGGUCUGUUAUUGAAGUUUGUGCUGAGGUGAGAAAGGUAUUAGAAUUGUUAGUUGGACAGAUUCAAACUAAAAUUUUGGAAAAGAGAAAUCGAUUUCAGUAUUUUCAAAUCCUAUCUCAAGUAGCUUAUCUGGAUGAUAUUGUGAACAGUUGGGCAUACGCCUUCCAAAGAACACAUGUUGAUACCAGGACAGGAACAUCCCGCAUGAAGAGUUCAAGUGCCAAAGAGUGUCGAAGGACCAAAUAUGCUGCAGAAACCAAUGCACAAGUUGCUCCUGCUGGCAUCCCUGCAGAGGUUCAAGACAUUCCAGCCCAACAUACUGAGGACCAUGAAGUGGUUCCUGGUCCUACUGAGAUGCAAGACAAUUCAGUUGAACAUACUGCAGACCAACUUGGAAUCCAUACGAUGGACUGUGACCUUGAUGAUAAUCAUGUGAAAUCUGUUUCCAGCAACAGCAAUGAUGCAGUGGAACACGAUCGUGUCCAUUCAGCUUUACCUGAGGUGCACAGGGGCAAUACACAUGCAGACACAUUAACAAAUGGGGAACCCAUUGGAGCAAACAACGAUGGGAAAGUGUUCAGGUUAACCUAUGAUGAAGAUAACCGCAGACCAGAUAUUCAAAUAUCUGAAAACCACACAGGAUCUAUGGAAGGUUUGAAUGAUCUGCAAAGGGCAGGAGAUUCCGUUGGAUCCUCUGCAAAUAUUGACAAUACAGGAUUACCAAGGAACUAUGUUUCUUCUGAAGCUCAUAUUGAUGAUAAUGAGUUGAAGAAGAAUGGUCUUGUGAAUGAUGUUGAAUCAAGUCAUUUGAUUGAUGGUAAACUGCAAGACGACAUGAAAAAUCUUCCAGUUCGAAAAUCUUCAUGUCUCUACAAAUGUUGUUCUGCAUGCUUCCAAUCUGUUUAUAAGAUGGUUCAUGAUAUUCUCUCAAAUACUCUAAGGCCUAAUCUGCAUUGCUUAACAGCUGAUGAUAUGCAUGACAUUCUGUCAUCAUGGUGCUUGAAUCUAUUAGGGUCUGUUAGAAAAUUUUACAGCUCACAUGAUGAGGCCAGCUGCGCAGAAAAUUUUGUUAGAAUGCACAAUAAAGAAACCCACUCAGAGCAUUGUGCUUGUGACAGUGAUAUCCAUCUUCCAAGAGAGUGUGUAUGCCACUUGGAAAGCAAUGGAGAUGCUGAAACUUCAAAUACUGAUUGUCAUCCUCUAUCAGGACAGAGUUUAAGUUUUUUCUUUAAAGAUGGUGUAUGGAUGCCAUUGGAUCUCACUGCAGAAACAAAACUUCAUUGCAGCUUCAGGAGAUUCUGUGUUUGCUCAAUAUUAGGAACAGUUUCUAUGCUCAGCUAGAUCCUCAGUUCAUGAUAUUGUUUGAUGCAGUUGCCAAAGUACAUUUAGUACUCUAAUGCUCUAGGUGCCAACCCUAAGGACCUAAGUUGGCUGUGCACGUAACACAAGUUCAUCAGGAUGUCUUUGGUUGAUUGGAAUUUCUCACCCUUGAUGCAACUUUUGAGCUAGCUCUUGUUGCACAUAAAUUGCCUCUACCUGCUAUGAUCAGUAGUGGAAUGCUGGCUGUUGUAGUUGCUUCGUCGCCUGGAUAUUUAAAGAGAAACUACGAUAUUAGAGUUCAUCUUUUCCAAUGAAGUUACUCAUGUAGCGUGGACUGUUGUUACUGCUGGAAAUUUCAUGGUUAGCUGAUGACUGACGCCACUUCAGUUCUCAUUGUAAUAUGUAUUAUGGCUCAAUUAAGUCAUCAAGUUGAAACAUGAUUGAAUCAUACUCACAUUUUGUUCUGUACCUCCAUUCUGGUCAGCGGUAUGCUUUCUAAUGGGCAACUAGCAUUCAGCAUGAUAAAUCUUUGUAGGUUAUGAACACACUGUUUAGAUGAGGUUGAAAUAAUAUUUUUUUGUAAUUGCUUCUAGGAGUGUGAACUGUGAACAAGUUUUUAGUAGAGGCGAUUGGCAAUGGAAAUUAAUAUCUAA